CAGCGGCGUACCUUAUAAGGGUGGGCGCUCACCUGUGAAGUAGCUCGGCACAAACACACUCCAUAGCGGAUGUGCGCACUGUUGUUCUCGUGUAUCUGUUUGUGAUUCUGUUGGAAUUUACCCCGCUGUAGCCUACUCAUAUAAGCGCUUACUAUUAGUGCAAUUGAGCAUCGAACGUUGUUAAUUGGCAUUGUUUACGUAAACUUAUCAAGGGAAGUGCAGUGCUAGUCGGAGACAGUGCGUUGGGUAGAACAAGCCGCGGGACACCGCCCUGCACCGACUGAAUCAUGACGAAAAAACAAUACCCCAUAGAGAGCCUGUCGUACACGGCCGCGGAUCCGGAUAGAUACGGGGCUAGACCCGGACCCCCGCCACCUUACUCGAACGGUGACGUAGACCCGACCGUGCAGGAUGAAGACGAUAGAGGAAUCUGGGGAUCACAAUGGGAGUUCCUUCUCUCGUGUAUCGGCCUAUCUGUCGGGAUCGGAAAUGUGUGGCGUUUUCCGUAUCUCGCCUACGAUAAUGGCGGCGGUGCCUUUCUCAUACCAUACAUAAUCGUGCUGCUGUUGGUGGGGAAGCCCAUGUACUACAUGGAGCUUGCGCUGGGACAAUAUGGAGGCGAGGCACCCUUAACCAUCUUUUCAUGCGUGCCCAUCGCUAAAGGUGUCGGCGCUGCUAUGGUCAUGGUCUCCCUGAUAGUAGCGAUUUAUUACAACGUGAUAAUGUCCUACACGCUAUACUACAUGUUUGCCUCCAUGCAAAAAGUAUUACCAUGGACGACAUGCAAUAAUGAAUGGAACACGAAGUACUGUUACGUGAGGGGUGAAAACAUCACAUACUUCACGAAUCUGAUCGCCAACACGAGUUUGACAUUGAAAACGGCCGCAGAAGAGUAUUACAACAACAAGGUACUCGGAGCUAACGUGAUCGAGGAUGGAGUCGAGGUCUCGUCCUACAACAUCGCGAAUCUCGGUCCCAUCAAGUGGGAUGUCGUCCUCUGCUUGCUCCUGUCCUGGAUCGUCGUCUUCGCCUGCCUCAUGAAGGGUAUUAAGUCAUCCGGCAAGGUUGUUUACUUCACCGCAACGUUCCCUUACGUCAUUCUCCUAAUUCUGCUGAUACGCGGAUGCACGCUUACUGGAGCCAAGAACGGAAUUCUCUACUUCCUUACGCCGACCUGGGACAAGCUGAAGGACAUUACCGUGUGGCGUAACGCCCUUGGUCAGAUGUUCUUCUCGCUCUCCGUCGGCUGGGGAUGCCUCAUCAUGUUCGCCAGCUACAACAAGUUCCGACACAACUGCUACCGCGACGCCAUCAUCGUCAGCAGCCUGGACACGAUCACGAGCAUCAUAGCUGGCUUCGUCGUCUUCACCGUGCUCGGAGCCAUGGCCGACGACCUUCAGACAGACGUCAGAGACGUCGUCAAGGGAGGGCCUGGUCUCGCCUUCGUCGCGUAUCCAGAAGCUGUAGCUCGGCUACCCGUACCGCAGUUAUGGUCCAUCAUAUUCUUCUUCAUGCUUUACACUCUGGGUUUGGACAGCGAGUUUGCCUUGCUGGAAUGCGUCAUGAGCAGUAUGACGGAUCAGUUCCGGCCGCUGCGGAGACACAAGUUCACCUUCACGUUGGUCUUCUGUAUCGCCUGCUUCUUCAUCGCCAUGCCGAGCACAACACACGGAGGUCAGUACGUCUGGGGUUUGAUGGACAAAUAUGGCGGCGACUUUGCCGUUCUGCUCAUCGCCUUCUUCGAGAUCGUGGCGCUGAUGUGGGUGUACGGAUUCCGCAACUUUUCUCAAGACAUCGCGCACAUGCUCGGACACAAGCCCGGCUGGUACUGGAUCGUCUGCUGGGUUUUCAUCUCGCCCGUGCUCAUCAUCUUGGUGUUUGCAGCUGCCAUGUAUUACUACAAGCCGCUGACAAGUGAUGGUUUCAUCUACUACCCUCCAUGGGCUGACGGUGUCGGAUGGCUGCUAGCUAUGCUCUCUCUCAUACAGAUCCCACUUUGGGCCAUAGUCAUGAUCUUCGUACAGGAGGGCACGCUCUCACAGAAGUUCCGCGCGGCCAUAACGAAGACGGAGCAUUACGAUCAUAGACUGCGCCGGCACGGCGACACCUACGCCGAAACACACGGCAUGGUCAACGUCGACAACAAGAACGUCGCAUACGACAACCCCGCCGCGCGAUACUAGAAGAUCACGUGACCGGCCGACGUCGUGACGUCAUCGCCGUCGUCGUCGUCGUCCUAUCCGGCAGCUCUAGUGCUCAUUUUAUAUUUUCAGGUGUCAGAACGUUGAUAAGAUUAGCGCAAUCCUAGGUUGGGACCCCGGUAUAUUAUAUCGUUCGUGUAUGUGCUAAGCAUAUCCGGGGUGCUAAACUAGGCGUGGGCCAUAAGAUCGAUGGAGCGAUUGAGAUGAAGUUUUAUGUUAUAGUGAUAGUGAUGCCGAUGUGUAAGAUUCGCCGUAGAUAUGCCUAUUAUAUACCAAUUGUAUGCCAAAUACCUCCUAUUUCUGACGUGCGGUGCAGGGAGCACGAUCUAACGAGUAGAUUCCAUGUUAUUUCCUGCAUAUUUUUAGCCGAAAAUAUUUUAAAUAGUAUGUAGUUUUAUCUUAUCAAAUGGUGGCAGCGUUACAGCAGCCGGAAAGGUAUACACUUGUACAUUGAUUCUUUGAUUGUUUUAUAUCGCACGAAAGUUUUUCGAAGAUGGAACACAUUUUAUCGUAUUUGCUCAUUUUUUAUUUCUCAUCGUGGUCUGACGCGAACCCAACUACUGUCGGCAAAGGGAGCCAGACAGAAAUGAUGACACGUUACACAACCACUAGCAUAGCCAUAUAACAGGCAGCAAUAUAGGAGAUGUCUUCUCUCUAUUUUUUAGAGUGCCACUUUAAAUUUGUGGAAGCAGUUCUAUACUCAGGAUCGAAUACGAUUUAACCUGUUUAUAUGUUACAGAAAUAAAGACAUCCUGUUACUAACUAAAA